AUCUUUUGGUAUAUUGUGUAGCUGUGGCACGCAGAGUCCACUUGAGCCCUUUCUUUCUUUGGGCACAGUGUGUCCAGGGCCGUUCCAGGCGCUGCACUUCAGUAGUACCGUUGAGGUUCGGAUUGUUCUGUCUCAUCCGUGUUGCAUUGCACUCGGAAGCUUGGUGAUUGCGUUUUUCAUCCGUGAAGACAUGUUCAUCAGCAGCCUUCUCCUGCCUCAUUUCUGCCAUCGGACGUUACAGGGUCUCAACAAUUUUGUCACAAGCGACAUCAAGAUGGUUGCCCCAGGGUGGCUCAGCAGGCCUUCAAUUGCUCCAGGCGGUUUUCCAUGGUACUCUCUCGGGCAAGUUUUCCAACCAUUUUUUUGCCAUUGCGUGUGUGUGUUGCGUCGUCGAUGCCUGGGUCUUGGUGUGCGCCGAUUUCAGUUCAUCGCUCACCCCGCCCGCCGUUGCGUGACAGCGCUUCGGGGCAGUGCUUCGCAAGCCCGGAGGCCCAGCCUGCAGGUGCAGGCAGCCAUGCAGGGAGACUGCGAUCUAAAUGGUCUUGACCCCGCGGCAGCCGCGGAAGCGCAGAAGCUGGACCUCAUCCGGCAAGGCUUCCGCAUCAACUGGAUGAACAUGCGGGACGCCGCGACUGGCCGAGUUCUCUGGGAGAACCACGAUUGGCCGGUCGAGUGUUUGGAGACAGAGGCGCAGGUGCCGCGGGAGGUCCUGCAGUGCCGCCAGG